CCAUACCUCAAGCUCUUCGUUCAUCCCCGCUACAGCUAUCAUCCCCAAUCCGCAUCGACAGGUAGAAAGAGGUUUUGACCCGGCAAGAUGGAUAAUGAACUGGCGCCGAGCUUCGCGCCUUUCUUUGGCAUGAGCGGGAUUGCGUUCGCUAUGAUAUUCGGAUGCCUUGGAGCUGCUUAUGGCACCGCGAAGUCUGGCAUUGGUAUUGCCGGUGUUGGUACCUACAGGCCCGACCUGAUAAUGAAGUCCUUGAUUCCCGUUGUCAUGUCCGGUAUCCUUGCCGUGUACGCGCUCGUCAUAUCAGUCCUCAUCGCUAGCGACCUCCGACCACCACCGAACAAGAACUACUCGCUAUACGCCGGUUUCAUGCACAUGGCCGCUGGGCUGUCGGUUGGUCUGGCUGGAACAGCAGCCGGCUAUGCCAUUGGCAUCGUGGGGGAUGUUGGUGUACGCGCGUACAUGCAGCAGUCAAGGAUCUUCGUGGGAAUGGUCCUGAUUCUCAUUUUCGCAGAAGUCUUGGGAUUGUACGGUCUCAUCGUAGCCCUCAUUCUCAACACCCGCGCAAGCGGCUGAGAGACACGUCUCAUUCUAGUUCAUGUACAAUCUAUUGUAAAGAAGACAAAACGGUACGAGCAUCUGCCCGUUCAGGGUCAGGGACCGUGUCCCGAAAUGAUGCGCGGAGAGCCAUAGCAUCAGAAUUGGGCCAUGGAUGAAUGGCACCGGGAAAGUAUAUGGAAGAGGUCUCAUAAGAGGCACUGAAGUCACAUUUGGAAAGUAAUCUUUGUUCAGCAUCUUGGAGUUAUCUUAUGUAAAGGAAGUCCCAAUUGUAUUUUGAUAUUUGAUAGAUAUUCGGAAUUAUCCCAUCAAGUGCAUGUACAGUGCCC